CUGGGAGCGGCUAUUUAUGUCCUGCUCCGGAGAGCAUCAGGCAGUUGUGAGUGCUGUGGUGACUGUGUGGGUGCUGUAAGACUGCUGUGUGACACACAAUGGCGGAGGGGGACAACAAGAGCACUAAUCAGCUGGCUGCGGAGACUGCUAGCCUUGAGGAGCAUUUCCAAGGGUGGGGUGAAGUGGUCCUGCUUGCUGAUCGUGUCCUUCGCUGGGAGAAGCCAUGGUUUCCAGCUGCUAUAAUGGGAGCAGUUUCUUUUGUGUUUCUGAUGAUCUAUUACUUGGACCCAUCAGUUCUUUCUGGUGUAUCCUGUUUCGUUAUGUGUUUCUGCCUGGCUGACUAUCUUGUUCCAGCUUUGGCUCCCAAGAUUUUUGGCUCCAACCAAUGGACCACAGAACAGCAGCAGAGGCUGCAUGAAAUUUGCAGCAACCUUGUGAAAACCCGGCGACGGAUUAUUGGCUGGUGGAAGCGCCUCUUUGUCCUUAAGGAGGAGAAGCCUAAAAUGUAUUUCAUGUCAAUGAUAUCUGCUCUUGCUGUUGUUGCUUGGAUUGGGCAGCAGGUCCAUAACCUGUUUCUGACGUACCUACUUCUGAGUUUUGUGCUGUUGGUUCCUGGCCUCAAUAAACAUGGAAUUAUUACGAAGUUUGUAGGAAUGGGAAAGCGUGAAAUAAACAAACUGAUCAAGCAAAAAGAGAAAAAGAAUGAAUAAAGAGAAUUUUGCUAAAUACAAUACUAAACCUUCCAUGGGAGCAUUUUCUUGUUGAACGUUUUGGGAUAAGACCAGUCUCACCUUUCAUGUUAACAUUCAGUUCCCCCAUAAUUGCCAAUGCUGUAUCUUUGAAACCUGUUGCACUGAAAUCUUAAGUCUUUCUGAAGUGUAUAAAGUCCAUAUUCCUGUGUGUCUCUUACAAACUGCUGUAAUCUUGGUCUUGUCCUGAAUCCAAAAUCUUUCCUUUUUACCAUUUUUAUGUCCCCUUCUGUAAAUAUUUAUUUCCGUGUGUAUUGUCUUGGAUUUGUUUUUGUUUUUUCUGCAAAGUAAAUAUAAAUGUGUGUACCUGUCAGUGGAUGUAAUAAAAUCUAGAAUAUACAA